AUGUCCAAGGAGGAUAUUAUAUUACCAUCAGCAUCAUCAUUGUCUACCUUAACCAUUUCAGAUACAUCACAGUCUGGUUUUGGGUAUAAUCCAGCGGUAGGUCCAACAUCUAAUACCAUAACUCAAGAAACAUCAAAUAUCUUGUUGAAUAAAAAAACAGUAAGUUUAACGCCAACGUCAUCCAAUUCUAUAUAUGAUAGAAACUUGAAUAAGAAGGCUCCGGAAAUCAGCAUAUCGUCCUUAUCAUUUUUGUUUUGUGAAAUUGUCAACUGGGCACAUAAGAAUUCAAAAGGAAUCCAAGACUUGGAGCUGAGAUUAAAUGGACUUGGUUAUCAAAUCGGCCAACGGUUUCUCGAGCUUGUCAAAUUCCAGGAAGGUAUAAAGUAUGGUAAAAGAGAAGUUAAGAUUAUUGAAAUAUUACAAUUUAUACAUGGUUCCUUGUGGAAGAGUGUGUUUGGUAAGACUGCUAACGAAUUAGAAAAAUCGCAAGAUGUAAAUAACGAGUACAUGAUUACAGAUAACUUGCCUUUAAUGUCCAAGUUUAUAAGCAUUCCUAAAGACUACAGUAAUUUAAAUUGUUCUGCAUUUACAGCAGGAAUAAUCGAGGGGGCACUUGAUUCAGCAUAUUUCAACGCUACUGUAACGGCUCAUUCGGUUCCUAAAGAAGGUUAUCCCUUGCGAACUGUUUUUUUGAUCAAUUUUGACGAUCUGUUAUUCGUUAGGGAGGAACUACGCUUCAAUCAAUAG